AUGCCUGGUGGGGCUGGCGGAUAUUCCGGAUCCAACCAUAGUCGAGGUGGAGGAGCCCCUCCAGCACGGUCCUUUGAAGAGCGAGCACAGGCAAAAGAGCAAAUGAUGGCUUCAGUACGCGAAUCCUCACAACAAGAACGCCGCGUCUAUGUCGGCAACCUUUCCUACGAUGUCAAGUGGCAUCACUUAAAAGACUUUAUGAGACAAGGAUUGUGGAGUAUGCCACCAGAGAACAAGCUCAAAACGCGGUCAACACGCUCAGCAACCAAAACCUCAUGGGACCGUGAGGCGGAACCACGAUUCACUGGACCACCGGCUGGUCGAGGCGGCUACGAAGGCGGGCCUCCACGUGGUGGCGGCUUCGGUGGCGGCCCCGGCGGUCCCGGAGGGCAUGCUGGAGGAGGUGGUUACGGAGGGCCACCAUCAGGCGGCGGGAAACAACUUUUCAUCAGCAACCUUCCUUACAAUGUCGGUUGGCAAGAUCUGAAGGACUUGUUCCGACAAGCAGGUAAGUCUCUUGCCCCCAGAUCCCUCACACAAGAAGACAGUCUAAGAGUGCCUGUUGACGUCUUCGCUUCAGCACAACAAGGCGCUGUGAUCCGUGCAGAUGUUCACCUAACCCCCGACGGCCGACCAAAGGGCUCAGGUAUUGUCGCGUUUGAAACAGCUGAUGACGCUCGUAACGCUAUUGCUCAAUUCAAUGGUUAUGACUGGCAAGGACGUAUGCUUGAGGUCCGCGAAGAUCGUUUUGCAGGCCCACCUGGCGGCGGCUUUGGCCGUGGAGGCUAUGGCGGAGGUGGAGGUGGUUUUGGGCGUGGUGGCUUCGGUGCUCGCGGAGGCUUUGGUGGUCGAGGUGGUUUCGGCGGCGGUUAUGGAGGAGGCGGAAGAGGCGGCUUCGGUGGUGGAGGAUAUGGUGGCCAUCAAGGUGGUGGCUUCGACCAUGCCGCUCCUGCCGCACCUCCGAACUCCUUCACGGACAAUGCAACUUCUGGUGGCGAAAGGAGUGAAAUUAUCUACGUUCGAAACCUCCCUUGGUCAACAAGCAAUGAUGAUCUGAUCGAGCUAUUUCAAACCAUUGGGAAAGUUGAGCGAGCAGAGAUACAGUAUGAGUCCAACGGACGAUCCAAAGGCACUGGUGUCGUUCAAUUCGACUCCGCUGAUAAUUCAGAAACAGCCAUCUCCAAAUUUACCGGGUAUCAAUAUGGCGGCCGUCCUCUUGGCUUGACUUUUGUGAAAUACUUCAACCCCGAAGCCGGAGAUGUCAUGGAGGGUACCGAAGAAACUGGCGGCUUGACCCAGGAACAAAUCAUGUGA